AUGUACUCCUCCACUCUCAGCUCUCCAGAGCUAAGAGAUUGUCGGAGAUACGCGAGAGCUGUAAUUUCAGCGUCGUUUAUUGCUUCGGUGAGACAUGUACAGACCCUGCAACGACUCGACGAAUCAGUGGAGACCGUGCGGCGUAAGCUGUCGCGGCCUAGAAAAGAAUCAACGGAUACCUCUUCCACCAGUCCAACACCAAGAAUAAAAGUGGUCACCCUUCCCAAAGAGCACUGUCCAAAAACUCUUAAUCAACCGAUUCGUCCGAAGAAUUGGUCACCGAUAACUGAUGGAAAAAAGGCGAUUUCUGCAAUGAUUGAUCAGAUGUGGAACGUCCCAUAUGCUCCAUGCCAAUACAUCGUUCAAUUCAUGUGUACUGUAUCGUUGGCGGCGCUUCAGAGACACAAGUACUGUGUCCGUUGGCAAAACGGUCGUCGCUCCGCCAUUUUCUACGUGAACAUCGAUGAAACGAAAUGGGAAACUAAUGUUUGGGUCACUUUUCCAGGAGAGACAAAGUCUCAUCGGUAG